AAAUGCAAAUCGGCUCCUCGGUUGCCUUCGCUCGCAUCCGGAUAAUUAAAUUCUUGUGGUGUGUGUUUACAGGUGACACGUGCACCAUGGCGGAGUACAACAAGCUGAAGAACAUGCUGUUGGACAUGCAGCCCAGGAGCGCCACGAGCGGGGAGCCGAACGCCAUGGACCAGAGGAGGGCUCUGGUGGACACCAUGUUCAAGUAUAUAGAUCGAAACCAGGACGGCCGUCUGAGCGGUGAAGAGCUGGCAGAGAUCUCCAUAAAGGAGCAUCUGGAAAACAUCCUAAUGGAGUGCAGCAUGCAAGACCUCCUGCGUUACGACGACUACAACAACGACGGUCACCUGACCCUUCAGGAGCUCUACACAGCUUUCCAGGUGGUCCAGCUCAGUCUAGCGGACGGGAAGCGUCUGAGCAUCACAACAGUGACCGUGGGCCUGAGCGUGGUGCUGUCCUGUGCCAUCCAGGGCACCCUGAGGCCACCCAUCAUCUGGAAGAGGAACGGCAUCAUCCUCAACUUCCUGGAUCUAGAGGACAUCAAUGACUUUGGCGACGACGGCUCGCUCUACAUUACUAAGGUGACUACGAUUCACAUGGGGAACUACAGCUGUCACGCAUACGGCUAUGAGGAUCUGUCCCAAACCCACGUGCUCCAGGUGAAUGUGCCUCCAGUAAUCCUGGUGUACCCGGAGACUCAGGCCCAGGAACCGGGGGUUGCUGCCAGCUUGCACUGCCAUGCAGAUGGUCUACCAAACCCCAAACUGUCCUGGCUGAAGAAUGGCCUGGACCUGCAGCCACACGCAUCCAAGCAGAUUUCACUUCUCGCUAAUGGCAGUGAGCUUCACAUCGGAAGUGUGCGUUAUGAAGACACUGGGGCUUAUACAUGCAUCGCUAGAAACGAGGUUGGCGUGGAUGAAGACAUCUCAUCUCUGUUUGUGGAAGAUUCGGCGCGUAAGACACUGGCCAACAUUCUCUGGAGGGAGGAAGGGCUCAGUGUGGGGAACAUGUUCUACAUCUUCUCCAGCGAAGGGAUCAUUAUACUGCAGCCCGGCAACUGUGAGAUCCGCAGACGCAUCGCGCGGACAGAGAGGAUUCUGGGUAGUGAUGACGAGCUGUGUCCCAGAAGCACGGGCGUCUCUCCACACGAGUGUGUCUGGGCGUCCGCGGUCAGCGUGAGGGAGAAGUACGUGUACGUGACCCAGCCGCUCCACAACAGGCUUCUGCUGAUCGACACUCAGGCGCAGAGAGUCGUGCAGGCUGUGGAAACAGACGCCAUGCCCGUCAAACUCUUCUACGACAAAUCUCACGAUCAGCUGUGGGUCUUGAGCUGGACAGACCUGCUGAAGUCCCGCUCUACGCUACAGGUGAUCACUUCUGCGAGUGCAGUGGAGCAGCGUCAGAUCGUUCACACUCCGUUUGAAGGAGUGGAGGAUUUCUACAUUCCUCCCACCAACCUCAUUAUCACCCACGUAAGGUUUGGCUUUGUCUACUUAAAAUGGGAGCCUGCGGUGCAUAAAAUCGACCUUGAGACCCUCCGCCUCGUCAAGACCAUCAGUCUGAAGAACUACAGCUGUAUUCCAGCCAGCAUGGCCUACACUCAUUUAAGCGGCUACUAUUUUAUCGAGUGCCAAGUCGAGAACAGUUCAUCUCCGAGCUCGCAGCUUCUCAUUGACAGCGUAAGCGACACAGUCAUCGGACCCAAUCCCAACAUCAACGGCCGGCCGUUCGUCUCUCCAGACGGGCGUUUCGUCGUCUCCGUGGAUAAACGACGUGGCAAACUCCAAGUCCAGACCAUCUCCUUCAGCGGUGAGCUGCAGAUCAGCCAUGAAGUGGAUGUCUCGAUUCAACUCGCAGACUUGGAGUUUCAGCCCUCCUUCACGGAGGCCAACCAGUACGUGGUCGUGACCUCUUCGGCUGAGGGGUCGGAGCUGGUUUUCUCGGACCUGGCGACGGGGAGAGAAAAAGCCCUUCAGAAUGUCAAGGAUCCGAUUCCAGCCACCAGUUGGCCUUGGGGAGACGCCAAUAGGGUGGUGGUCUCCAGCGGGGUGUUUGGACGCUACUUGGUCACGUCGUCGACCGAGUCCCUGUUCGUUCUGGACGGCAAACAGAGCGGCCCUCACUGUGAGGUGUCAGACAUCAAGAGAGGGAACACAGUGGUGUGGGUGGGUGAGGUAUGAGUGCCGUACCGCGGGCCGGUUCUGCAGAGGAUUGCGUCGGCCGACUGGGCCAAAGCUCUGGAAAACCUUUAAGGGAUGCCAAUGGACUUGACCCUAGUAUUGAGUUAAACGAACACGGGUUUCUGUAUAAGUACACACACAUGCACACAUAUUCAACAAACCUUAUAGAACAAGGGAACGAAUGACAACACCCUUCAGUGCAACAGUGAGCUAAUUUAAUGAGAGAUGUACAUUUUUUGCACUUCGUUGUUAGCAGAAAUAGUGUUAAGCAGCAGAGAGGUUAGGUGAUGACUGAACUAUGCACAAUGCUUUUUAAAGUUUUUCAGUGUUUUUUCUUUUUUAAUUGUGUUCACUUGUGAUAUACAGUCACUGCAGGAAAUGUGUCCAUCAGUGUCACGUCUGUUAAUGUCAAUGUAGAAAGAUUGUGUUGUUUGCAUCGUCCCAGUGUUUCUGGCUUCACGUUUCAACAGCUUAUUGUCUGUUUGUUUUUUUAGUAUUAUUAGUACAACACUUAAUAAUAAACAUAUUCGAGUAACAUUU